AUGCCAGGAUUCUCAAGGCUGCCCCCUUCAGGGAUAAAGGUGUUAAUAGUUGGUGCUGGAUUCGCAGGUUUAUGUGCUGCAAUUGAAUGCGAUCGAAAAGGCCACUCGGUUAUACUACUGGAAAAGGUUGCUGAGCUGAAACCCCUAGGCGAUAUCAUCAGCUUCUCAUCCAACUCAGGCCACAUCUUUGAACGGUGGGAAGGUGUUGUCGAGGAACUCGAGCCAAUAAUCCACCACAGCAGCGGACUUGAUUUUUAUGAGUGGACGGGGAAAUUUGCCACACGUCAGGAAUGGGAUGAACAGAAAUCAUGGGGGAGGCGAAUCAACGGCCACCGAGGCGACAUCCAUGAUGCUGUUUACCGCCAUGCUAAAGCCAGGGGGAUCGAUAUCAGACUUGGGCAGAGUGUCAGCGACUAUUUCGAGACGGAUUCUGAAGCCGGAGUUAUUGUCAAUGGGGACAGAUUAGCUGCGGAUUGUGUCCUGGCGGGCGAGGGUGUAAAAUCUGCAGGCCGAAAGAUCGUCUUGGGCUUCGAAGACAAGCCUAGGGCCUCUGGUUAUGCAGUUUAUCGUACUUGGUUCUCCUCGGACGAACUUGCCAAGAAUGAACGGACCAAGCAUCUAGUGAUCAAUGGCGACACGCACUCUGGCUGGAUUGGCGAAGAUAAACACUUCUUGGCCGCUUCCAUCAAAAAUGGAAAGGAGUUCAGCUGGGUGCUCACGCACAAGGACUCCGCAGACAUCGACGAGGAUUGGCAAUUCCCAGGAAAGAAGUCAGAAGUGCUUGAAAAUCUAAAGGGGUGGGCUCCGAUCGUACAUGACCUUGUCAACGCCACUCCCGAGGACCGUCUUGUCGAUUAUAAACUGGUAUUCCGGGACCCCUUGCCAACAUUUAUUUCGCCGAAAUCGCGGAUUGCCCUCAUUGGGGACGCUGCUCACCCCUUUCUGCCGACGUCAAUUCAGGGAGCUAGUCAAUCGAUGGAAGACGGUGUUACAUUAGCAGUAACACUUGAGAAGAGCGGCAAGGGCGAUGUACCUCGAGCCAUCCGCGCUUACGAAGCCAUUCGGUAUGAACGGGUUCACAGGGCGCAGAUGACGGGAGUGACGACUCGAGAGCAAUGGCACAAAGCGGAUUGGGACAAGAUAUGGAAGGAUCCAACAAUGUUGCACUUGAAACGAGAUGCGUGGCUACUGGACUUUGAUGCUGAGACUCAUGCUUAUGAGGUUAUUGAUGAUGUACUGAAGAAAUUGGACAAGGAUGCGGCUGUCAAGGUGGACGGUAUUCCAGAGCCCAACUUGAGUGGUGUUCAAAGUAUGUUGAAACAGGAAAUCGACCAGCUUGCGUGA